AUGCCUUCCGCCGAAAUAGAUGUCUCUCCAGAGGUUAUGCUUACGUUCUACCGUCGUCUCUAUCCCUUCAAAACCAUCUUCAACUGGCUCAACCACGAACACGCCCCUUCACGCCUCUUCACCCAUCGAGAAUUUGCCUUCACUCUCCAAGGAGAUGUUUACCUGCGAUAUCAAUCUUUCAACAACGCAGAUGAACUGAAGAAACAAGUCUGCCAACUCAAUCCUACGAGAUUUGAGAUCGGACCUGUGUACUCAGCUCGUCCACGAGAUAAGAAGACCAUACGCGCUGGUGCGUUUAGUCCUCAAGUACGAGAACUCGUCUUCGAUAUCGAUAUGACCGACUACGAUCCCAUCCGGACGUGUUGCAAGGACGCAGGCAUCUGCAAGAAAUGCUGGGGCUUCAUCGCGGCUGCUGUGCACGUCAUCGACUCGGCCAUCCGAGACGAAUUCGGAUACGAAAAACUCAUCUGGGUCUACUCUGGCCGUCGUGGAAUCCACUUGUGGAUAUCAGACAAGGAGGCGAUGGAACUGACGGAUCAGCAGAGGAAGUCAUUGGUCGGCUGGCUUACGGCAAUACACCCCACUGCGAAAGAAAGCUCAAAAAAGCCGAACUUUCGAUUUGGAGGCAAGUUGCCCCCGUCUCUGCAGAAUGCUCUCCAAUAUCUCAAGACCAUCUUUGGAGAGCUAAUCCUGACCGAACAGGAUUGCUUCGAGUCAGAAGAGGGCUACGAAGAGCUCCUGCAGUACAUCUCAGACUCUCGCACUGUGGAGUCACUGCGAACGAAGUGGGAAGACAGCCCGUCACGGUCCUCGGAAGACAAAUGGAACGACCUCCUCCGGAUAGCGUCUUCGCGUCCGAAUCUCAUCCCCGCUCUGGAAGAUGUCAUUAUUCAGUACACGUACCCUCGCCUUGACGCUGAAGUGUCGAAGCAUCGUAACCAUUUGCUAAAAGCACCGUUCUGUAUUCAUCCUAAGACCGGCCGUGUCUGUGUCCCUUUGGAUGUGACGUCGAUUGACAAGUUCGACCCAGAAGGUGUUCCGACGGUUGGUCAACUACUCCAGGAGCUGGACGCAAUUGGGCGGGAAGAAGGCGCGGCCAUUAGUCAUUCUGACUGGGAGAAAACAUCCCUGAAACCCUACGUCGAUCUUUUGGAUAGGCAUUCGCAAGGUCUGAUGGACGAGGUCAGGAAAGAGAAGCGCAAAGAUGAUGUGUCGUGGUGA